AUGGCGAAACAUAUCAAUAAUCACAGUAGUAAUUGUAACCAGAUGACAUGGUUCCUCGAUCAGGAGUCCACUGUCCUGGCCAGCUGCUACUCUGUUGAAUCAUCCAGCACCCUGGUUCAGGGUUUCCACUACUGCACUACCCUGGGUUCCGGGUCUAAAUUAUCCGCACGAAGCCCUCCCCUCGACAUUCCCACCGCCAAAAAUGAACGAAACUGGCCCGGGAACACACGGCCCGAAUACAAAGGGGAGGCAACGUACACCAUUCCGGAAGAGUGUGAGAGACUUUUCUGUGACAAACUGUUCAAGACAUUCCUUGGUGAGGGGGCUGGCUUGAAUCAGGAGUCACUGGGAAUGGGUGCGUUUAAAAACAUUCAGCCACAUCAAAUCGGGCUUAUGCAAGAUCGGAUCCAAAAGUGGAUUGAAGUGUGGGAUUACACUAGCGAUGCCAUUUACCGUGGAUUCGUGGCGGACAUGGAUGGAGAGCGAACACUCUUUGUCUUCCUCGAGGACGGUGCACUUAGCCAUGGCUUGAAGUCUGGGUAA